GAAAAAAAAAAUACUGGUAACAGCUAUAUACACACUCUGCUCUUUUCUCGUAAUGCUUCUCUUAUGAAUAAUGCAGAGCCGAGUUGAGCUCACGCGCCACCGUAACGAAAAAUAACUGAACGACAUGGGAUGCGCGGCGUCGAAACUCGACAGCGAGGACACUGUCCGGCGGUGCAAAGAUCGGCGCCGCCUGAUGAAAGAAGCUGUCUACGCUCGCCAUCACCUCGCCGCCGCUCACGCCGACUACUGCCGAUCGCUCCGUCUAACAGGAUCUGCUCUUUCCUCAUUCGCCGCCGGUGAGCCUCUCUCCGUAUCCGAUCAAACUCCCUCAGUCUUCCUCCAUCCUCCUCCUCCUAAUCAACAAUCUCCAGCCAAUCUUGUCCCUCCACGUGUUACUCCCUCACCUCCUCCUCUUCUAAAGCUGGAGCAGGCUCCUCCUCCGAUCAAGUCUAAUCGACGAAGGAAGCAGCAACGGAAACCUAAGGUGCCUCAUAUACUCUCGGAGUCGAGUCCUUCGUCUUCUCCGAUGAGUGAGAGAUCAAAUUUUUACCAGAACUCGACUUACUCAGCUACUCCUUCUCACGCUUCAUCCGUGUGGAACUGGGAGAAUUUCUACCCUCCUUCUCCUCCUGAUUCCGAGUUCUUUGAUAAGAAGGCUCAAGAGAGUAAUCAGAAACUGAAGAAGCCAGAUAAUCCUUUUAGCCAUCAUACCGAUGAUACGGAGACGGAGAGGUCAGAGUAUGAUUUCUUCGAUACGAAAGCUCAAGAGAGGAAGCAGAAGAAGCCAGAUAAUCCCUUUAGCCAUCUCGACGAUGAUACGGAGACGGAGAGGUCAGAGUAUGAUUUCUUCAAUUCGAGUAAGCAGAAGAAGAAGCAGUUUGAAUCAAUGAACAGUACAGUGGAUGAAGAGGAGGAAGAAGAAGAGACGGAGAGAGAGGAAGUUCAGUGUAGUGAAUGGGACGUUCACGAUCAUUACAGCACUACUAGCUCCUCUGACAUCACGGAGGAGGAGAAGGAAGAUGACGGCAGGGAGUCAGUCUCUGAUAUCGGGACACGCUCCGUUGGAUCUACCAUGAGAACUAGUAAUUCGAUGAGUCGGCAUCACCAAGAACCUUCACCAAUGCCGCAAGAACACGGCGUUGGAAAAGGGAGGUAUGACGACAAGGUUGAUGAUGCGACGGUGUAUUCCGGUAGCUAUAGAGGAGGGGGAGAGAUGGAGAUGGUUGUUAGGCAUAGAGAUUUGAAGGAUAUUGCCGAUGCGCUCAAGGAGAAUUUCGACAAGGCUGCUGCGGCGGGUGAUCAAGUGUCUCAGAUGCUUGAGCUUGGAAGAGCUCAGCUUGAUCGGAGUUUCGGACAGUUGAAGAAAACUGUGAUUCAUUCGAGUAGCUUACUAAGCAGCUUGAGCUCGACAUGGACCUCGAAGCCGCCGUUGGCUGUUAAGUACAGGCUAGACACGACGGCUUUGGAUCAACCAAACAGUCUCAAGAGUCUAUGUUCCACUCUUGACCGUCUCUUGGCAUGGGAGAAGAAGUUGUAUGAAGAAAUCAAGGCUAGAGAAGGUGUGAAGAUUGAGCAUGAGAAGAAGUUAUCACAACUUCAAAGCCAAGAGUAUAAAGGGGAGGAUGAAGCGAAGCUAGACAAGACAAAGGCCUCUAUAACGAGGUUACAGUCACUCAUCAUUGUUACAUCUCAAGCUGUUACUACCACUUCUACAGCUAUAAUCCGUCUUCGUGAUACCGACCUUGUUCCUCAACUUGUUGAACUAUGUCAUGGCUUUAUGUACAUGUGGAAAGCUAUGCAUCAAUACCACGAGACUCAGAACAGCAUCGUAGAGCAAGUUCGAGGGCUCAUUAACAGAUCAAACAAAGGCGAGUCUACCUCUGAGCUACAUCGACAAGCUACACGUGACUUAGAAUCAGCUGUCUCUUCUUGGCACUCCAGUUUUAGUCAUGUGAUCAAAUUCCAGCGUGACUUCAUACACUCGGUUCACUCAUGGUUCAAACUAACCCUUCUUCCGGUUUGCCACGAAGACGCUGCAGCCAAUCAUCACAAAGAGCCAACUGAUGCUUAUGCCUUCUGCGAUGAGUGGAAACUCGCUCUUGACCGUGUUCCCGACACAGUAGCAUCCGAAGCAAUCAAAAGCUUUAUCAACGUGGUGCAUGUGAUAACCGCGAAACAAGCAGAUGAACACAAGAUAAAGAAAAGAACAGAGUCAGCAUCAAAAGAGCUGGAGAAGAAAGCUUCCUCGCUUAGAAACCUAGAGAGGAAAUACUACCAGUCAUACUCAAUGGUCGGUGUCGGUAUACCAGAUUCAGGACCCGACCAACACAUGUUGGACUCUAGAGACCCGCUAAGCGAUAAGAAAUCAGAGCUUGAGGCUUGCAGAAGGAGAGUAGAGGAAGAGAUGGUGAAGCAUACGAAGGCAAUAGAAGUGACAAGGGCCAUGACUCUGAAUAACUUGCAGACAGGGUUGCCUGGUGUGUUCCAAGCGUUGACAAGUUUCUCUGCUUUGUUCAUGGAGUCUCUUCAAACGGUGUGCACUCGCUCAUACUCAAUCAAAUAGGAGACAUUAUAUUAUAUUAAUGUAUACAUAGUAAUUCUUAUAAUUUUGAAGUACUUCUACUACCAAGAAUUGGUUCUUUUGUAAGAGAAGGGUAAUAAUAAUCUAUGUUGUGAUUGACCAAAAAAAAAAAAUAAUAAUAAAAAAAUAAAAUAAUCUAUGUUGUGAUUGUCUCUACUUAAUUUAAACUCCCAAGUGGGUUGGUGUGGGGGUCCCUCUCCAUCGGAUUCUUCCGAAUCUGACAACUCUUCACUUCUUGUCUGAAAGUGAAACCACAUGAUUUGGUUUUGUAACCGAAUCUUCUCUCUGGAAUCGUCUUGUGUGCCCCUUGCAAUACCCAAUAGGCAGUCUCUCUCCCAUGCCAUUAUGGUCCUCUAGUGAUCUUUACACAACACUUCGUAUUUCAAUAUUGUCAUUACAAAACAUGUUAUUGCCUGAUGUUAUCAGAGUGGUUUCUUUGUCCAUACUGAGUGACAUCAUUCCCAACAAAAACAUGUGCACACAGGUCAGGCUGAAAGGUGACAGCUAGAAGGGUGAGAAUAUGAAGGCCAGUUUAGCAGCAAUGGUAUCAAGAUCUUCCCUGAGCUGCGGAUCUUCUGGUCCUUUAAUCGACCAAUGUUCCAGUCUGACAUUUAUGUCGUUUAGUAAUAGAUCUCCA